AUGGCAGUUGCUGACAGCAGCUAUUUAUUUCGCCUCAUCGAUGUUGGUGCCCCAGGACGCAUGAGUGAUGACGGUGUGUUCAAGAGGUCCCCCAUUGGUCAGCGCCUACAUUCUGGUCUUCUUGGAUUGCCAUCUUCUCAGCAGUUACCAGGCUCUGAGGCAUCGUUGCCGUAUGUUCUUAUUGGGGACGAAGCAUUCCAGCUUCGAGAGGAUUUUUUGAGGCCUUACCCUGGGUCCAGGGAGAGUCCAGCUGAACGCAGUUUCAAUUAUCGACUGAGUCGAGCAAGGUGGAGAUGCGUGGAAAAUGCGUUCGGGAUUCUGACAGCACGGUUCAGAAUUUUCAGAGGGCCAAUCAAGCUCAAGCCGGAUAAUGCAGAGCGAGUAGUCAAGGCCGCCUGCGUUCUGCACAAUUUCCUGUGUGUCGAGUGCCGCAACAGUUCUGCCUACUGCCCUGUUGGAUAUGCGGACCACGAGGACUCCUUCGGCAACAUCAUCGCUGGGUCGUGGCGCAGUGAGACUGCUGCGGACACAUCAACUUUUGCAUUGCAAGCUACACAUGCAAGAAAAAGCAAGAGUUCUGCUCAAGGAGUGCGAGAUCUGUAUGCGCAGUUCUUUGCAAAUGAAGGACAAGUUCCAUGGCAAUGGAACUUGCUGGAUAUUACAGAGCCAGACACCUAA